GUAGAACCGUAGAACAUUCCAAAGAGGAGAGGAUCCUCUUUAAUACGUAUAUACGUACAAUUUUCGCGAAUUUCUGAAGAACGGUAUACAUAAUUUUUAGUGUCAUGCUAUAUCAAAAUACAGUUAUACAUUUUGUAUCAUACAUCGUAUAUACGUUCCAUUAAUUCUGAUAAGUCAUAAUGAGCCGACAAGUUGUUUUGAAAUUAUACAAAGACAUUCUGAGGUAUGGCGAAACUUUAAAAUUUACGAACAAGAAGUACUUUCGAUAUAGAAUCCGGACUGCUUUUAUAACUAAUAAAGAUCUGUCUGACGAGACGGCGAUAAACUUCCAAUUGCAGAAAGGUAUGAAAUUCUUGGAAGCUAAGAAAGUGGUUUAAGUCAUCAUUGGGUUUACUACGAGAGACAUUUUAU